GUAUGUAAAAUAACAAUCCAUUGUCUCGUAAUUCAAACAGAUAUCCCAUUAUUACACCACCUCAUAAACAACAAAUAGAACAAGAAUAUUCAAGUGCAUUAAUUUUAUCACCAAUUCAAAAAGCAGAACCUGAUUAUUAUCUUAAGCAAAAAAUAAUUGAGCUCUUGUUAUAAAUCAAAAAUUUUUCUCAAAAAAUUGUUGAUUUUAGUUUUGAAGAGAAGUUGAAAUAACUAAAAUAUUUAAUAAACUUUUUAGAGAAAUGUACAGAAAAUGAUCAGUCUAUAGAUUGGGAAUAAUUGAAAAGUCAUUUACUAUGGCUUAGAGAAUAAUAUUUGAAUAAAGAAAAUAACUUUAGAGAUCAUAUUAAAAAUAUUUUAAGCUUUAAUAACAUUGAUAAUACGGACCUUGUAAAAUUUAUAAGACAAAUUUCAACUAAAGUAUAAAUUAAAUUAUAUUAGAAAUUUGAAAUAAGUUAUUAAGAAUGUCAAUCCUUAUUAUUUUUACAAUAAGAAUUAAAUUCUUUGGAAAUAUUUACAAGUGUUUUGAAACCAAGAGUAGAAUAAUAUAAAGAGAUUCUUUAUUAUGAAAAGACAGAUUCUCCAAUUGUUAAGUACACUAAAAAUUAGGUUUAGAAUCCAUAUUCAAUGACCAAAAAUGAUCUACAUUCAUUCAUUGGUUUAUUGAAUAAAUAUUAUAAAUUUGAAGCUAGUAAUAAAUCAAUUUAUUUAUUUUAGUUCCAAAAACAUAAGAAAAAUAUGUAUAAUAUAUGAUUUGGACUCCAGACAUAAAUUAUAAUAAUAUAUAAUAUUCCAAAGUAUUGAUAUUAAUCUUAGAAAUACCUUUGGAAACUAAUACAUGUACUUAUGCUCUAUUAAACAUCAUACAAUAAUAAAAUUAAAGAGUUUGUAAAUCUACAUCAAUAGGUAAAAUGAGAAGUCAAUUACAUUAAUUAAGUCAAUAAAUUGGUUGUUCUACAUUCACUCCUACUUUGGUAAGUGAAUUUAAAUUAGAAACUGUUAUUUAAGAAUUAUUAAAAAUUGUAGCUCCUAAAAUAAAUAUGCAUAAUUUGAUUUAAUUUUUAUAGGAAAAUGAUUAUUUUUUAAGAGAGGAUAAAAAUAAAUCAAUUGGCUAUGAAGGAAAUUAUAUAUUAGAUGCAUUUGAGAUAGAGAGAUUAGGAUUCUUACUAGAGUGAA